AAAUACGUGUUCGCACGUCCGGGCCUGCGGCAUCCAGCACGAACAUAGUGCAGUACGCCAGGGAUCCUUGGGUAUACAAUUUAUUCUGCAACACCAUUGUUCUUGGAGGAGCCUUCAUGCAAGAAAAGUUACCUUCCCAUAUCUCUGGUGAUGCGGUCGAACAGGCACUAGGAAAUCCACGAAGAAGUGAAGUGGAGAAGGAGAUAUGUUACACCCCCGAAGUUCCUCGGCGCAGUACUUUUCGCUCUAUUUUGCUCGUCAUGACUUGCACUUUUGCUAUGGUACUCCAGACCUCAAAUACCACGUCGGUUUCCAUAGCUCUUCCAACUAUUGGCCAAGACAUUGGAAUUCAAGAAGAUCAGCUCCAGUGGCUAGUUUCCGCAUAUUCUCUGAGUUCGGGAUGUCUUCUCCUGUUCUUUGGACGGAUCGCUGAUUUGCAUGGUCGCAAGAAGGCAUUCAUCGUCGGCUCCUCAUUUCAACUUGUAUUUUCACUUGGUGGAGGUUUUGCUGAUGACGGCAACACCCUUACUAUUAUACGAGGUUUUCAAGGCCUCGGAGCAGCCGCACUGAUCCCCUCAGCGAUGGGUAUAUUAGCGCAUGCAUUUCCCUCAUCAUCUCGUGCACGGUCAAUUGCUUUUGCUACUUUUGCUGCGGGUGCUCCCGUAGGGGGUGCUUUCGGAACCAUGGUCGGCGGGGCAGUUACCCAACUUUCGCAGCAGCGCUGGCGUGCGACUUUCUAUGUAGCCGCUGCAUUCUCGGCACUUUGUUGUAUCGGUGGUUUGAUAUCCUUCGAGGCGGAUAAAAAAUCCACCGAGGUUGACAAGCGCAUCGACUGGAUCGGCGCAGGUCUAGUGACAUUAGGACUUGUGUUGAUUGUAUUUGUUCUCGGCCAAGGCUCUCUCGCACCACAGGGCUGGAGCACAGGUUAUAUCAUUGCCAUGCUCGUGGUCGGUGUAUUCCUGGUUGGCUCCUUCCUUGUGUGGGAGCAUUUUCUGGAAAAAAUUGCGGAUGAUACCUUCAGACCCCGGUCAAUGUGGACACCCCCUCCACUCAUGAGACCGUCGUUAUGGACUCGAUCCAACGGUAAAAUCGCGGUGGUCAUGUGGGUUGCAUUCCUCAACUGGUGCGGCUUCAACAGCUGGACCUUCUGGGCUCAGCUGUACUACCAAAGGUACCUUUCGUUAUCGCCAGUGCUGACCAUGAUCCGGUUUAUUCCCAUGUUUAUUUCGGGGAUAUUGUGCAAUUAUUUCGUUGCAUUACUCGUAGGAAAACUUCCGCUUGUGAUAUUCGCCGUUUCUGGAACUUUGUUCAGUGCUGUUUCUUGUCUUCUAUUUGCGAUCAUCAACCCCUCCACGACAUACUGGGCGUUCGGAUUUCCUUCGACAAUCCUUUCUGUUUGUGGCGCUGAUUUUGUUUUUGCAUCUGGAACGAUUUUUAUUGCGCAAACGGUGCUUCAACACGAGCAGAGCGUUGCUGGAGCUCUGUUACAGACUAUGACGCAGCUCGGGACUGCGUUCGGCUUGACCAUAUCCACGAUUGUAUUCAACAGCAUAGUCAAGAAAGAAUCCGCUCAACUGGGAGUCACUCUGAACUCCCAAAUGACGAAUGCUCCCGCAUCGGCGAAUCUGAGUGGUUACAAGGCUGCUCAAUGGAGUGCUACUGCUUUUUGUCUUCUUGCGUCACUUCUUGGCCUCGUGUUUCUAAGAAAUGUCGGUGUGGUGGGACACAAGAAAGAAGCUGAAGAAAUUGCGCAUUCAUCUCAAUCGGAGAAAAGCAUCUAGGGCUCAAGCACCUGAAAACAGCUGUGUGAGACAUAACGUCUGCCAUUCGCUGCUACUCCCUUUCUUACGAUGCGUCGGUGUUACCAAGCAAAGAAAGAGACUGCUUCAGCAUUGACAGUAAUUAGACCAUGUCGCCUAUAUGACGUUCACGACAUUCACGUGUUUGGAGACGAUGCAUUAAUUUUCUAGCAAAUGUGGACGGGCCAGCCAGAACUCGUCACUG